AUGUUGAAGUUUUUGAUAAUAAUUGGUUGUUUUUUAUGGAGUUUUUCAAUAGCUGAAGAUCAACAUUGUAUAUGGUAUGGACAAUGUGGAACUAAUCCACUCGGUAAAAUAACAAAUUGUUAUUACAAUGGAUCAGCACAAUUAUUGACAGAUGAAACAGCAUUGACGACAUUAGAAACAGCUUGUGCUAUGAUAUAUCAUGGUCCUAAUAGCACAUAUACUUGUUGUGCACCUGAUCAAGUAGCUAAUAUGGCAAAUCAAUUUGGCUUGGCUAAAUCAAUGUUAGGACGUUGUCCAUCGUGUUAUUACAAUUUUCGAUCCUUAUUUUGUUCUAUGACAUGUAGUCCAGAUCAAAGUCGUUUUUUAUCUAUUACAGAUAUUGGUAAUAGUUCAUUAUAUCCUGGACGAGCAACUGUUGAAGAAAUUACUUAUACAAUAGCUGAUGAUUUUGCUGAACGUAUACUUAGUUCAUGCAGAGAUGUUUUAUAUCCUGGUGGUAAUCAACAUUCUCUUGAUGCAAUGUGUGGUCGACCAUAUGAUCAAUGUACAAAAGAAUCAUUUAUGAAAUAUUUAGGUGAAGAUAAUCCAGCAGUACCAUUUCCAAUUCAUAUACUUUUUUCUAAUGAUACAACUGAAGAAAAUAGUUAUUAUAAUCAAACAACAUUUUUAUGUAGUGAACCUAUAAUAUCAGAAUAUGAAAAUAAAACAGCAUGUAGUUGUUUGGAUUGUCCAAAAUCUUGUAGUCCAUUACCACCAGAUAUUCCGAAUAAAAAAUUUCUAAUUUUUAAUAUCGAUGGAUGGCUUAUAAUUGCUAUUAUAGUGAUAAUAGCUUUAUUAUCAGUAUUUUUUGUAUCAAUGUUUAAGAUAGGAAGAUUACGAAAACCUUGGAAAAAUGAAUAUGAAUUCACAGAAGCAAUAAUUUUGAUCAAUCCAAUGACUCAACAAAAACCAGUAGGAUGUUUAAUGAAUAUUCGAAAACGUACUGAACGAUUUCUUCAACGAGCUUUCUUCCGUUUGGGUCUUUUCUGUGCUCAACAUCCAUAUAUUGUUUUAAUCAUUGGUUUUAUUAUAAUCGCCGGUCUUUCAUGUGGUUUAAUUAAAUUUAAAGUAAUAACUGAUCCAGUACAAUUAUGGUCAGCUAAAACAAGUAUGGCACGACAACAAAAAGAAUAUUUUGAUAAACAUUUUAGACCAUUUUAUCGAACUACACAAUUAAUUAUUGUACCUGAUGAUCAAUCAUUUGUUACACAUUAUUAUGAAUCACCACCCGCACCACUUAGUGAAUAUACAGUAGGACCUGCACUUGAGAUCGGAUUUUUAUCACGUGUACUUGCUCUUCAAACAGAUAUACUUUUACUUACAGCAGAAUUAAUUGAAAAAAAUCAAACUGUUACUUUAUCUGAUAUAUGUCUUAAACCGUUAGCACCUGAUAAUGAAAACUGUACUGUUUUUUCUGUCCUUCAAUAUUAUCAAAAUUCAAUGGAAAAUUUAAAUAAAAGUGUGGUUGAUGAUGUUUUUAUUACUUUUGAUUAUGCAACACAUUUUUUGGCUUGUUCACAAGCACCAACAACAACACUCGAUAAUCCAUUAGGUUUAUCAUGUUUUGGGGAUUUUGGUGGAACAAUUAAUCCAUUUAUGGUUCUUGGAAAUUAUUCAAAUGGAGUAUAUGCUAAUGCAACAGCUCUUGUUAUUACGAUUGUUAUUGAAAAUUCUAAUGAUCCUGAAAAAAUUCAAUUAGCUGAAGCAUGGGAAAAAGUUUUUCUUGAUUAUAUGAAAAAUUUCAUUGAAACUCAAAAAUCAUUACGUGCUGCUGGUCGUUGGAAUGAAACAGCUAAUUUUACAGUUUAUUAUAGUUCUGAACGUUCAAUUCAAGAUGAAUUAAAUCGUCAAAGUCGUUCAGAUAUAUUAACAAUAGUUAUAUCUUAUACAAUUAUGUUUCUUUAUGUAACAUUAACACUUGGUCAUAUACGUUCAUGGCGUACAUGUUUAAUUGAUUUAAAAAUUUCUGUUGGAUUUAUUGGUGUACUUUUUGUUUUAUUAUCAGUUAUGAGUUCAAUUGGAUUUUAUUCUUAUUGUGGUAUUGCUGGUACUUUAAUUAUAUUUGAAGUUAUACCAUUUCUUGUAUUAGCUGUUGGUGUUGAUAAUAUAUUUAUUAUUGUACAACAUUUUGAAAAAGCUAAAGAAGAAAAUUAUCAAUCAUCAGAUAUACGUUUAGCAUCAACAAUAAGUCGUGUUGGACCAUCAAUAUUAUUAACAGCAACAAGUGAAUCAAUUGCUUUUCUACUUGGAUCAUUAACACCAAUGCCAGCUGUACAAAUUUUUUCAUUAUAUGCAUUUAUGGCUGUAUUUAUUGAUUUUCUUUUACAAAUAACAUGUUUUGUAUCAAUACUUGCAAUUGAUGCUAGACGACAAGAUUCUAAUCGACCAGAUUUAUGUUGUUGUUGUUGUCAAAUAAAUAAUUUAAAUAAUUUAACUGAAAUAAAAUCAAAAGGAAUAUUACAAAAAAUGUUUACAAAAAUUUUAACACCAAUUGUUUUAGGAAAUUCUAUAAUACGUGCUAUUAUUUUUUCAAUAUUUAUUUGUUUAACAUGUUUAUCAUUAUCAUUAAUACAUCGAAUACCAGUUGGUCUUGAUCAAAAAUUAUCAAUGCCAAAAGAUUCGUAUGUUUUAAAUUAUUUUUAUGGUUUAGAAAAUUAUUUAAGUAUUGGUGCACCUGUAUAUUUUGUUGUUAAUGAAGAUGCUAUCGAUUAUAAACGUACUACAGAUCAAGAUUUACUAUGUGGUACAUCUGGUUGUUCAUCUAUGUCAUUACUUGGACAAAUUGGACAAGUUUUAAGACAACCAAAACGUUAUUAUUUAGCACAACCACCUUCAUCAUGGCUUGAUGAUUAUUUUGAUUGGUUACAAUCAUCAAGUAAUCCACAUUGUUGUAGAAUAAAUAAUCAAACACAAGAAUUUUGUCCAUCGACAUUAAAUGAUACGUUAUGUGUAAAUUGUCCAAUAGACUUUGUUGAAAAUCAACGACCAUCAUCAGAUGAUUUUCAACGUUAUAUUGAAUUUUUUCUACAUGAUAAUCCAGGUGAAAAAUGUCCAAAAGGUGGUCAUGCAGCAUAUAAAGAUGCUGUAGAAUUAAUUAAUAAUAGUUAUGUUAAAAGUUCAUAUUUUAUGGGUUUUCAUUCUGUACUUAAAACAUCAUCAGAUUUUAUUGGUGCUAUGAAAAGUGCAAAUGAAAUAGCAAAAAAUAUUUCAAAAACUAUGUUAAAUAAUCAAAGUAAAACAUUUCAUGAUUCAAAUCAACUUAAAGAUUAUCCAGUUUUUCCAUAUAGGUAA